GAAUUAAUAAGGACGAAAAUUGUUUGUUUGUGAUGUGAAAAGUGUACAAAAAUGGUCUUCUUUUUUCCCCUCUGUAGUGCGGAUACUCGCAAAUAUAAAAUUUGCCAGUUACCUAUUAUUAAUGACAGAUUGUAUUUCGCGACUUUGAAGAAUGGUUACAAGCCGAAACCAACACGGAACAGCAAGUAUUUUCACAUUGAAGAUGAGAUUGUCUACGAAAACUUUUAUUUCGACUUUGGACCUUAUCACCUCUGUCACCUGUAUCAAUUUUGCAACAAGCUUAAUGAAGAAUUGGAGAAGAAUCCGAAGAAAAAAAUCGUCUUCUACUCUAGCAACAAUGAGACCCUUCGACUUAAUGCUGCUUACCUUAUUGGGAGCUAUCAGAUAAUAUACCUGGAUUCGAGUCCAGCGGCGGUGUACAAGCAAUUAACGGAGGGAUCAGAAUGGUCACUCCUGAACUUCCGCGACGCAUCAGGAGGUCCACCACUCUUCGAUAUCUCCCUCCUUGAUGUGCUUCAUGGUGUGAAGGUGGCUCAUGAUGCUCGGUUCUUCGACUUCGAUAAUUUUGAUGCGGAACAGUAUUUGUUUUAUGAGAAAGUCGAAAACGGCGAUCUUAACUGGAUAAUCCCUGGCAAAAUGUUGGCUUUCUCCGGCCCCCACCAUCGGUCGCGGCUGGACCGCGGCUACCCCCUCCAUAGCCCUGAACACUACCACGAUUACUUCAGAAAACACCAUGUUACCACCAUAGUACGGCUCAACAAGAAGUCCUAUGACGCCCGCCAGUUCACCGCCCACGGGUUCGAACACAGGGAGCUGUUCUUCGUCGAUGGUUCCGUACCUUCAGACCUUAUCGUGAAUCGGUUUAUAAGGAUCACUGAAGCCGCGAAAGGAGCCGUUGCAGUGCAUUGUAAAGCGGGUCUAGGUCGCACAGGUACCCUAAUAGCAUGUUACCUGAUGAAGCACCAUGCGUUCACUGCCCGGGAGUCGAUCGCGUGGCUACGCAUCUGUCGCCCCGGCUCCGUCAUUGGACAUCAACAGUGGUUCUUAGAAAAUGUUCAGCCUCGGAUGCACGCUGAGGGAGAGGCGUACCGGCGUCGUCACAACAUCACCUCGCUACCUGUCUUCGAGAGAGGUAUCUACAGUGAGAUACCAGAGGUCGAGGAUAAGGUCCAACCAGCUGUGGACAACAAACCCGUGUCUUUGCAAACUAUACUGCAUACUAGCAAGAUCACAAACAAUAAGUUGGACAACGCCAACGCUCUGAACGCGAACGAGCCUGACUCAGAGAACAACGUGACAACAGUCAUCGGCAAGUACAAGACCACCCCCACCCCCAUGCUCCCCACGAAGACAGUGUUCGCGCCCAAAAUGAACUACAUGAUGCCCACCAACAACAUACGGAACGCCAACAACACCAACUUGAAGCAGCCGCCUCGAGUCAUCAACUCCACUCUAAAAUCUCAUUACGCAUCAAAAACUUCGACAUUUCCCCCAACUAGAAGUGCCAAUUCUCAAGCCAACAAACUGACGGGUGCCGUCAAACCCUUCACCGGUAAGAGCAGCUUCCACGGCCAGCGAGCCAACCUCGCGCGCCCCGCUCUAGGGUACACUCACGGUGCAAGCCCCCUCAAAACCUUCACAAGAAAAACAGUCAGCGUCAACAAAAUCCCCAACAACGACAGCGCAGUCGUCACAACACUCAACAACGUAACUUCAACCUUAUCUGCACUUACAGAAAACUGCCACUUGAAUGGCAAAAAUCGUCUCCCAUCUGAGCCAAAUCUCAAAUCUGUAGUGCAGACUAAACCUGCUAAUUCAAAUCUAAACGCGCGCAAGAAACUUAUAGUCAGGUCUAACUCUAGCUCUCGCAAAAAGCUCCCUAAGAGUAAUUUGCCUAAAACCGGUCUCGAAUCUUCACAAGAUCUGUCUUCCAGUGAUACGAAUGUGACAAAUAUAUCCGCGGAUUCCCUCGAGACUCCGUUUAGAUUCAGACGGAAACGAGACAAGUCCAGUAGCCCGGAGCCAAUGGACUGCAUCUCUAACUCUGUGAUUACCGCGGACGUCACCCCGGACAACUACGAGGAGACAAACAACUCCCAGGGAAAUAAGUUGUAUAAAAUCAAGGCGUUGCGAAAGAAAUGUCCUGCGUUCGGAGUCAGUUUGCUGAAGAAGGACGGCGUCCAAACCCGGUCGAGUAGUUGUGCCAGCAGCUCGACCGUCAAGAAGAAAUGAUCUCUGUGAAUAACCCCGACAACUAGCGUGUAGUGUUCGUGUUAGAUGUAUAGAGUUUUGACGAUGUGCAUAGCACUCGAUGAUGUUGUAACGUAUGUAAUUUUUACGUUUGAUGAAUUUGUUUAGAUGCUUCCUAACAAUUUUUUAACGAUCGACUGAACUUUUUUAUUAAACUCAUAUCAAAUUAAAAAUAAUCCGCUGUAAAAGACACGCGAUUCUAAACAAAUUUAUCAAUGUUUUUGAUGUGUAGUUGUUAACGCUACUUGACCCCGCGGGAGCGAGCCUACUGUAAUCUCAUUAGAACUACUGACUGUAUUGGUAGCGAGUGGCUGAUAAAUAUACAUAUUUAUAUGUUUGUUGAUAUACUUACGUUAUAUUUUUGUUUAAGGCAUUUUGCGCUGUGGCGUAAUGCUUGUACAGCGCAUCGCGAAAUAGUGUUCACUGAAAGAUUUACACAUAAAUAUAUGGAAGAUAAAUGCAUAUUAUAUUACAAUAGAUUUUACUAUAAUAGAAUACAUAUAUCAAUAGUUAACUUUGAACAUGUGCCUGAGUUAUGCGUCGCAAUCACUUGAGAUCAGAGCUAUAGAAGAAACCAGUUAGAUUGGCAUAGUGUGGAAUAAAGAAAUAUUUUUCUAGUUUAAAUUGAUAAGUGAUUACAUGAAUGCCAUUUUCUUUAGCUUUUAUUAAGCCCUGUUGUCUAGGUAUUAUCGAUAAGUUGAAAUGUGUUACAUUUGUUUUUAUAUUAAAUAUGAUCAUUUUCUUUAUAUAUUAUAUACAAAUCAUUAUUUUAGUUACAUUGUAAGCGAUACUUUAAUUAGUUAGCGUUAUUUCGUGAAUGCUUGAUGUACACUGAGACUUUUGUGCAAUAAGAAGUGCUUAUUUAAUUAUAAUCUAUAAUAAAAUAGUGGAAUAAUGACCUGAUAAUGCCUUGGAUAUAUUUACUACAAAUACCGCGAAGUUCUACCUAUACAAUUGAUAGAAUUUUAUUAAAAAAAAAAACAUAAUUAUAAUAUACAAUAUAUAUAAUUUUAUACAGCGUAGUUAUCUUAGUGUGCAUUAAGCGAAGUAUAUGAGGGUUGUCACAAAUGUCGAGUGAGGGUAGCUUCGUAACAUUAACGACAUUGUUAACGUUAAUUCUAGACGUUUAAAGUGUUUUUACGUUUUAGGUGAAACUAACUAUUAUAUUAUAGCAAUCGUUUAGUCACAAAUAAUACGGUAACGGUGGAAGUAUAACUAUUAUAGAGAACUAGGUUUUAGGUACUCUUGGCAUGAACAUAAGCCGUCGUAAAGUCGUGAUUUGUGUUCAUACAGACAGCAUUUGUUCAAUUUAUCUAAUAAUAAAUUGUUUAUUUACAAUAAUAUCUGGUGGUAACCUAUAUAUACUUAUUAUAAAGCUGAAG